UCCAAAGGCUUCUGAGUCAGUUGUUCAGGAAAUGAAACGAUGAGAAAAAACGCGCCUUUUUCCACACAAACAUGGCAGAGUUUCAUAUGCCUGUGAGAAUGAAUCGUCUCUCUUGUCGAAUCUGCAGAGAGCUCCUCAGGAAUCCGGCAACUAUCCCCUGUGGACACAAAUUCUGCCUGGACUGCAUCCAGGACUGCUGGGAGCGGGACAAGUUGAACUGCAGCUGCCCUGAAUGUGGGCAGAAGUUUCCUUACAGACCUCAUUUGAUCAAGAACACAACUCUGGUUGAGGUGGCGAGAGACACAGAGGAAACUGAGAGUAGGAAAAGGAAAGAGCAGCUUUCAGCUGAAUCCUUGCAGGCACUGAAGAGACACCGGAGCAGCACAGAAACAUCUGGGAAACCUUUAUGUCCUCGCCACAAGAUCCCACUGGAUGUUUACUGCUGCACAGAUAAUCAUAUCCUAUGUGCUCUGUGUGCUUCAACAAAGCAUUCAGGGCAUAGAUUUGGGUUGGUGAUGGAGGAGCGGAGGAGAAAGCAGGAGGAGCUGAGGAAGGUGCAGACAAAACUCAGAGAGACUCUGCAGGAGCAAGAGAAGAAGUGGGAGAACAUGGGGGAGAUGUCUGAACAGAUUCAGGUGGAAGCCAGACAAACAGAGGACUACUGUGAAAGUGCCAUAGUCAGAGUCAUUGACUGCCUUCAGAGACGUUACAUGUCAGUGAAGCAGCUGAUCGGAGCACAGGUGGAGGCAGCAGCAGCCCAGGUUCACAUCUCAAAGCAGAUGAUCCAGAUGAAAAUAGAGAAGAUGAAGGCACAGGAUGCUCACCUGGAGUGUCUAGCACAAACUGAACCUCAUGCACAUUUCCUGCAGAAAUGGCCCCGUGUGCAACGCCUCUGUGAGAAAGAUUAUCUCCAGCCUUUCCAUGACGGUUUAGAGGAUCUGUUUCUUCCCUUUGAGGAUACAAAGAAAGCUGUCGAACAACUCGGGAAGCGGCUGGAAGAAUUCUGUGACAAAGAAUUUGCCUCUAUCUGUUCUACUGCUUACCUGAAAGAGCAAGAGGAAUCAGUCCGAGACAUGGAGCAAAGAUGUGAAGCCAGUUCCUCACACUCUCAGGGUCUUCCUGAAGAUAACAGGAUCAUGAAUGAAAGUAAAACAGAGCCUAAAACCAGGGAAGAGUUUCUUCAGUAUGCAUGUGAGCUCUCUCUGGACCCCACAACAGCCCAUGAGGACCUGACUAUUUCUGAAGGAGACAAAGAGGUGAUGCUGUUUCCCCAGAGGUGUAAAACUCCAGCCAUUCGUUGCCCACAGAGGUUCAUCCGUCGGCGGCAGGUGUUGUGCAGGGAGGAACUGCAGGCUGAGCGAUGCUACUAUGAGGUAGAUGUGAAAGGAGACAAAAUGGAAAUAGCCCUUGCCUACAAAGGAAUAGACAGAAAAACCCACUCUAAACUCUCAGCCUUUGGGGCCAACUCAAAUUCUUGGAGUCUGGAUCGGUCUGAAACCUACUCUGUUAGCCACGAUGCUCAGAGUAUCAAGCUAUUAGCACUCCCCAGUCACCACAGGAUUGGAGUGUAUCUUAAAUUCAAAGAGGGAACUGUGUCUUUUUAUGAAGUAUUAGACAAUAUGAAGUUUCUUUACAAGAUAGAAGCUAAAUUCACAGAGCCGCUGUAUCCGGGCUUCUGGCUUGGAGACAAAUCUUGCAUCAGGAUCUGUGAUUUGAAACGACGUAGACUGUGAACCACCACAGAGAACUGUAAACAACUUUUGACUGUUUACAAGGGUGUCUUGAUUCUUGAAGUUUGGACUACACAGAGCAACGCUUAUGCACUCUUGAUUGUACUGGAUAAAAACAUGAUGUAGGAGGACCCAGCGAUAAGUGUAAGGGAGUAAACAACAGUGAAAUCAAGCUACAUCUCUGUUUUUGGGUGCUUAGCUGGAUUCUGCAGCAGUCCUGAAGUACAUGUCAUUGCACUGAUUUCAUUAGUGACCAGGUGUUGCUGUGUUUUCUGUUUUGUUUUUUUUCAUUAUGUGUAUAGUUGUAUUGCAAACAUCUCAGGGGCACCAGAUAACUUGAAUGAUGUUUUGGAUCACACUUCAGGUAGAAUAACCUGAUGAACUUUCUUGAAAAUCAGAUUAAAAAAUGAAUCUAUCAUAAUCAACAAAAUCUUUUUUUCUAGGUCAUACACUGUAUUUCUAUUAAGUUGUAUAAAGUGUAAAUAGAGCACAAAUUUAAACCUACACCUGUAUAUUUCUUUAAGUUGGAGAAAAUAACUUCUAUCAUUUAUGGAAUAAAGCAAUAUAGAUGGCACUGCUCUGUAGUUUUUGCUUCUGUUGUUUAAUGAGAUUCUACAUCAGACAUACUGUAGGCUAUUUAAAAAGGCACCACUGAACUUUGGCAGAUUUCCAUACUUUAAUGCCCCAUAAAGGGCUUAUCAUCUUGCAUCAUGUCUCUUCUCUGAGCUCUCUCUAGCUGGUAAAAUCCAGUCUGAUGUUGACUUCUGUUUAAUCUCUUGCUCUGUAACUUCCUCUCUUUCUUUUCCCCACUUCCUCCAGUAAUGUCCUCCUGAAUUUGUUUGCCUAGUCAGUGAUAGCGCAUGUCCAAAACAACUGAUAUGUUGAUGUCCAGUUGCUGCCAUGUGACGUGGUGCCAUAAAGCAAAAUGCAGCUGUCAGGUGAUGCUCCAGGCUGGAACACAAAGGCCUGGAAUGCUGCAAGCCAAUGACGACUCCAGGAAUGUGGAGAAUGAAUGGAAACCUGCCUUCAGAAAAAAUCAGAAGCACAGAGUUUUAAGGUUGAAAACUUAGGAAGUUUUGCUUUAAAGUGUCAAUAAAUACAACCUUAAAGUUGUACUAAUUUUGGUAAGUGACGUAUGUUUGAACAAU